UAUGGUAGACCCAACUUUCUCUUUACCACUUCCAAAGCAUCCAUAUUUCUCUCUCCACACAUUUCAGGGUGAUUGAGUGGUCUCUUUUUUCGCCCACUGUCUGCAAGCGAAAGCAAAGACUUUCAAAGUUGUGAUCUUUGAAACUCCCUCAUCAGUUAUACGAAUUGACCUGGUGUUGAGUAUGUCGGAGAUGAAAUUUGUUGGCUCUGCUGAUGGAGCUGACCAUGAGCUGAAGCCCAGGUCUGAGUGAUGGGCAUGUUUGAUCUGAUUUGUUAUAGCAAAAUUCCUUCUUUCAAUGGCAACAAAAACUAGUGCCGGAAUUAGCUUAGAGAACCAGGGGAAACCUCUUACUAGUCAGACAGCAGCAGAAGGGAGUUUCCGGAGGCCCUCACCUCUACAGAUUACGAAGACAAGUAAAUCGGAGCCGGUUAUCCUCAGAGUACUUCCAAAAAGCUCGCAGAAAGUUGCAUCAAAGCCAGUUUCUGUUGAAACCCAAGAGGACAAAAUUGUUUUGAAUAGUCAUAAAACUGGGAAUGUGGAUUCAUUAGCCAAUAAGUUAGAUUCAAUUUUGUCCUUGGAUGACCCAAAGCAAGUGCUAGCUUAUGUAGGAAAUCAAGUGAUUGAGACAAGGGACUCAUCUGAGGGUGCUACUGAUAUAGAAAGGAAAACAGACCAUCGAGCUUCAGCAAAGCUCAGCGAUGGGACAGGCAGCCUUGCCAAGACAAGUGAAAGUGCAAAGAUUAGUGAUCGAGCUGAUCUUCUUGAGAGUGGCAAGAGCAGUAUCUGUAGAGGUAGCACUGGCACUGAUGUGAGUGACGAGAGUACUUGUAGCAGCUUAAGUAGCAGUGCGAACAAACCUCAUAAAGCAAAUGAUAUACAAUGGGAAGCCAUACAGGCUUUUCGGGCAAAAGAUGGUGUUCUGGGUUUACAUCAUUUCAGACUGCUCAAGAGGUUGGGCUGUGGGGAUAUUGGAAGUGUAUAUCUCGCUGAGUUGGCAGGAACAAAGUGUUAUUUUGCAAUGAAGGUUAUGGACAAAGUGUCUUUAGCAGGACGUAAGAAACUACUUCGAGCUCAAACAGAGAGAGAAAUACUGCAGUCUCUGGACCAUCCCUUCCUUCCAACCUUGUAUACUCAUUUUGAGACAGAAAAGUUCUCAUGUUUGGUUAUGGAGUUCUGCCCUGGAGGUGAUUUGCACACACUUCGACAGCGGCAACCGGGGAAGCAUUUUACUGAACAAGCAGUGAAAUUCUAUGUAGCAGAAGUUCUCCUUGCUCUUGAAUAUCUUCACAUGCUUGGAAUUGUUUACCGGGACCUCAAGCCAGAAAAUGUUCUUGUUAGGGAAGAUGGCCACAUAAUGCUCUCUGACUUUGAUCUUUCCCUUCGUUGUGUCGUCAGCCCAACACUAGUCAAGUCUUCAAUACCUGCGUCUGAACUCUUGCAAAAGAACCCAGCUUAUUGUGUUCAGCCAGCAUGCAUUGAGCCAUCUUGUAUCCAACCAUCAUGUGUGGCCCCUACAACGUGCUUCUCUCCACGUUUCUUUUCGAAAAAAUCGAAGAAAGGCCAAAAACCUAAGAUCGAAAUGGGGAACCAGGUCAGUCCAUUGCCAGAGCUUAUUGCUGAGCCAACAAAUGCUCGCUCCAUGUCAUAUGUCGGAACCCAUGAGUACUUGGCACCUGAGAUUAUCAAAGGUGAAGGGCAUGGAAGUGCUGUUGAUUGGUGGACGUUUGGGAUCUUUCUAUUUGAGCUAUUGUUUGGUAAAACUCCUUUCAAAGGAUCUGGUAAUCGGGCAACCCUGUUCAAUGUUGUGGGUCAGCACCUACGAUUUCCAGAUUCACCAGUCGUUAGUUUUUCGGCAAGGGACUUGAUCAGGGGUUUGCUGGUGAAAGAACCUCAACAUAGGCUGGCAUACAAGCGAGGAGCAACAGAGAUCAAACAACAUCCCUUCUUUGAAGGAAUAAACUGGGCUUUAAUUCGUUGUGCAAGCCCACCUGAUAUCCCAAAACCAGUUGAAAUAGAGCGAAUUCCUGUUCCAACAUCCUCAACUAGUCAAGCUGUCUCCACUCCUGCACCUGAUCAGAGUAACUAUCUUGAAUUUGAUUUCUUUUAGCUCUCAGAAUCAUUCUGUUUAAACCGUUUCUGUAAUGUUGAUGAUGUGGAAAUUAGGUCUGGUAACAUUCAUAAUGACCAUAUGUUUGAUGUUGCUCUCAGGACAUUUUCACAUUUAAUGAUCUCAAUCUAUAAUGUGGUUUUCACUUUCAUUCUGCAAUACAAAUGAUAGCACAAGAUUCUGUUGCCA